AGCGUCUGAGCCAAUCGUAGGCGUGGACGCGGCUUGUCCGCCUGUGGGGGAGUUAACUUGGAGCUUCACUUUGAGCGAGACAGCGAAGGCUGAGGCGAAGCAGAGGCUGAGGCGAAGCGAAGGAGUCGGUUACUGCUCGAUUGCCUCGGCCAGCCAUGGUCGUGCUUGUGCUGGACAACGGCGCCUACACGGCCAAGAUCGGAUACGCGGGGGACUCGGUCAGCAUUAUACCGAACUGUCAGUUCCGCUCGAAGACGGCUCGACUGAAGACGUUCACGGCUAGCCAGCUCGAUGAAAUUAAAGAUCCAUCGGGGCUCUACUUCAUUUUACCUUUUCAGAAGGGGUAUUUGGUCAACUGGGAUGUACAGAGGCAAGUCUGGGACCAUUUAUUCGGAAAGGAAAUGUACAAGGUGGACUUCCCUGAAACAGACAUCAUCAUGACCGAGCCCUAUUUCAACUUCCACUCCAUUCAGGAGUCCAUGAAUGAGAUCCUCUUUGAAGAAUAUCAAUUCCGCUCCAUACUGCGCACGAACGCGGCGACUCUGAGCGCCUACAGCUACCAGCAGCAGAAACCCUCCGAGCUGUGCUGCCUGAUCAUCGAGUCGGGCUUCUCCUUCACACACAUUGUCCCCUUCUACAGGGGCAAGAAGAUCAAGGAAGGAAUCCGCAGGAUCAAUGUUGGGGGGAAGCUGCUGACAAACCAUUUAAAAGAGAUCAUAUCGUACAGGCAGCUGCAUGUGAUGGACGAGACUUACGUCAUCAACCAGGUGAAGGAGGACGUCUGUUACGUGUCGCAGCAGUUCUACAAGGACAUGGCCAUAGCGCAAUUGAAAGGUGAUGAUAACACCAUCGUCAGAGAUUACAUACUGCCCGACUUCAGCAGCAUCAGAAAGGGCUACUGUAAGCCACCCUCGGACGUGGCGCAAAGUGGCAAGUACACGGGCGGGGAGCAGAUCCUGCGCCUGACCAACGAGCGCUUCGCCGUCCCCGAGAUCCUCUUCCACCCGUCCGAUAUCGGCGUACAGGAGAUGGGCAUCCCCGAGGCGGUGACGCACGCCGUGCAGAGCCUGCCCCAAGAGAUGCACCCGCACAUGUACAACAACAUUCUGCUGACGGGAGGCGGCUCCCUGCUUCCUGGAUAUCGGGACCGGGUCCUUGCGGAUGUGCGCAGCCUUACCCCGGACGAGUAUGAGGUGGCCGUCACGCAGCCCGAUAACCCGAUAACGCACGCGUGGGAAGGAGGCGUGAUGCUGUCCGGCACUCCCGAUUUCUCCAACUCGCUCGUGGUGACACGGCAGGAGUACGAGGAGCGGGGCCACGAGGCGUGCGACGAGAAGUUCGACGUUUGAUGACGUAACGGCCAUGUACGACUCUUGGGGAUGGCGAGAGAGAGGGGGUCCUGAGCAGUUGCCAUCACAAGAGGCAGUGAUGUUCGCUGGCUGACAGGAAACACAAUCGUUUUUUUAAUGUCGAGCAUUUGAGCUGUUGUGCCAGCAAGCGAACAUUUCCUCCACUGACAACAAAUGACUACCGGGCCGUUUAGCUCAAAAAGAAAACAGCGUGGCCAGAUACUGUGAACUGGGACGUGGUUUAAAUGGACCCCGAUGCUUGUGCGUCACUGUGGCGUUGAAGAGUGUCGUUUGGAUGAACGGCUUUCUGCACAAAAACGUUUGUUAUCGAAUUUAGUUUUGUACACAUCGUGGGGGGUACAGCAAAGUCCUUUGUUUUACUAUGUGCCCAAGUCCAUGCUCCUCAAAUGCCCCGACUAGCAUGGUGAAGUAUUUCCUGCUCGUCCUCGAUUUCUUAUAUUCUCAGUCUCUGUUCCUCGCAUUCCAUAUUUCGUCUUCCAGUCAUUACUUGAAUGCAACAUAUCCCAUCACACAUUUACAGUGCGUAUUAAAUAUUAACAAUGCCUUUCCUUCUUCUGGGCAAAGGUAUCUGCCAAUGUUUUCCACUCUUCUUAUGCCAAUUCCAUCCAAUGCAUUUCUCCAAAUCCCUUGAUCUCAUCCUGUCAUCUAAUUUUCAGGCUAUACCCCCUCUUUUCCUUCCAUCAAUCGGCUUCCGAUUGUUGUAAUUUUUCCCAUUUGUCAUCAGCUAGUCAUGAUCAUCUAGCUAGAUGUGUUCAUGUCAAUACAAAACUGGACGUUUCUUCACGGUCUGUGUUUAAAAAAAAUUGUUAAAUUCACAACUUAAAACGUAAUAUUUAUCUUAUAUUUCUUUAGCAAUGCAAGGUUAAUGAUGAAUGUGGCGGUGUGUGCCAAAAAUACCACUCCCAAUGCCAUUAUCAAAAUUGUCCAAUAUAUUGUGGAGAGGCACAAGCAAUUGGGCAGGUGAACAGCUCUUUCGAUGCAUCUGUGCCUUGGAGGCUUGUUGAUGCGUGCAGUGGCCAAAGAUUUUGCAUCUCCUGUAUUAUUUGUUUCUGGCGGUGGUGGUCAGUACACCAAGCAAUGUCUAUUUUGGUGAAUCUCAAAUGGCUCCGCAAAGCGCCUAAGAGCUGUGACCAACAAUUACCCACAUUUAACUCUAAUACCCAAGCGUUUUUUUAUGAGGGAUGCUACUUUAUGCAAGUAGAUUUCGUUUCUUGUACAAAACGUUUUCUCCUGCCCUGCCACAAUGUACUGCAUACGUAACGAACGUGCAAUUAAAGCAUUUGAAUUUAAAUAAAAACUUGCCAUCGUUUUUGGCGAGUUGUAAAUUCUACUAAGUUGUUUAAAAUUCGUAACAAUAUUCUUUAGAAAUAAACAAGUUUUUUCCUGCACUCAUUGAUCGAUUUUUAUUAUGGCAAUGGAGGAAUUCACUUUUUAUUUAAAAUUAAAGCUAUGAAAAUGUCAUUUUUUUGUGAAAGAUGGCUUGUCGAUUUUUCCAUGUGAAUUUUUGUUUUUAAAAUUUGCACCUUUUCCAUUAUGUACAGUAUAAGCCUAAAGUCAAUCCAGGAAUUCACUUUUCAUUGAAAAAUGAAGCUAUAAAAAUUGGCCAUUUUUAGCUAAAAGUGACAGGUUCAUACGCCGAUUUUUGCAAGUAAAAAAACAUUCAAAUGUACACUGUUUAUGGCACGGAGCAUAAUAAGUCUAAAGGCAAGAGGAAUUAACUUUUCCUUGGAAAAUAAAGCUAUGAAAAUUUGGCCAUUUUGUGAAAAAUUACAUAGUGAAAAUGCCCACUGUUUAUAGCACAGAGCAAUGCAGGACUUAACUUUUCCUUGGAAAAUAAAGCUAUGAAUAUUUAGCCAUUUUUUUUAUUUCAAA